AUGAAAAUGAAUCAACCUGUGUGUGCAAUAUUUGUUGCUUCUUCGCAACAAUCAACAACAACAUUGACACCAGAAGAACGUGAUCAUUUGACAAUACAAGCAUUGGUUUCUCAGUUGGAUGCAGCGAAUGAAAGCAUAAACGUGCAACAAAAUGGUUUACAAUUUAUUUAUGAUAUGCAAAACUGGACAACAUCUAAUACUGAUCUUAGUCUAACAAAAAAAAUUUUGAAACUAUUGCAAGAUAUUUAUUGUGUUAUGUUAAAAGAUAUAUUUGUUGUUGCUGUUCCAACAUCGUUCAAAGUUUCCUUCAAGGGUGCAACAUCAUUUAGUCGUGAUGGAAUGUUAUCGUUUCUAUCGAAUCAAGCAUAUUCAAUGGAUGAAAUUCCCGUCAAUUUUGGUGGUUCAUACGAUCCGAAAACGGAGAACACUAAACGUUAUCAAAUAUGUCAAACAAUUUUAUUAAAUCCACAAUCAAUAUGUUACAAAUAUUAUUCAGCUGACAAUCAUCAGCUUGCAAAAUCCACGAUAUUGUAUGUAAAUAAUGAUACAGAUAAUCUAAAUAUAUCAAAACAAAACAAUAAUAAUUCACCGAAUUCAUCAUCAUCGUUAAUUGCCAUUGUUACAUUGAAAAGACAACAACAACUUCAAACACAAGUAUCAAACAUACGAAAACGUGAAUCAUCAAUAUCAUCGGGCGAUUCGGAAAAACGUCAUCGUUCCAAUUAUAAUGAAGUAGUAGAAGAAGAUUUUGUUCCUUCAUCACCACCAUACAGAAAGAAUGCAUCUAAUUAUUUUCCAUUACCGCGACCUCUUGUAUCAUCAUCUCGUUACCUCUAUCAUCGACAAAAACGAGCUCAUAUUACGGAGAAAGAUCAACGUAGCCAUAACAACAGCAGUUAUUUAUCCAAUAUUUCUCAACAAAAUGAAACUAAUCAUAAUCAAAAUAAUUUUAACGUGACUGACAGUUAUCAAAGACAACAAAAUGAAAUGAUGAACAAUACUAAACCUGAUCAAGUAAACAGUACAGUGCAAGAAUUCGUAUCAAAGUCAGUUGAUGUUAUGAAAAAAGAGUUUCGAAAAUUAGCGAAUCCAUCAGUUAAAUAUCCAUCUGCGGCACGUGAGCCAAAAAAUAUCUCAAAAAAUCGUUAUCGUGAUGUUAUUCCUGGUGAUGAGACAAGAGUUUUUCUUUUACCAGAUGAAUUAGAUAAAGAUGAUUUUAUUAAUGCUAGUUAUGUUAGUGGCUAUAAACAAGCGAAGGCAUAUAUUUUUGCUCAAGGUCCACUUGAGUCAACUACAAAAGAUUUUUGGAGAAUGAUCUGGCAGCAGAAAUCAGACGUGAUUGCGAUGACAACAAAUGUAAGAGAAAAUGGAAUGCAAAAAUGUUUUCAAUAUUGGCCACUCGAGGUUGAUAAUAGUCAGACGUAUGGAAUGUAUACAGUGACAAAUGAUCAAACUGACAGAGGGGAAAAUUUCAAUAUAACAAAAUUAACAUUGAGAAAAAAAUAUACAGAUCAGUCUCUGACAGUUUAUCAUUGUCAUUUUACCAAAUGGCCAGACCAUGGUGUGCCAUCUGGCACUGGGGCUGCUUUAGAAUUUUUAGAAAAAGUUCGAACAUUUCAUCAAAAAACAAAUUCAAAAUCCCCAAUUGUUGUUCACUGUUCGGCUGGAAUUGGACGAACAGGAACAUUUUGUACCAUUGAUAUUAGUAUGAGACGAUUUCGAGCAGAAAAAACUAUAGAUAUAGCAUCAACCGUUGCUAAUAUGCGUAAUGAGCGUGCAGGAUCUGUUCAAACAGAAGAUCAAUAUAUAUUUUGUCAUCUAGCAUUAAUCGAUUUUAUACAGUUAGAUGAACAAGUACAGAGCGCAUUAAAUAGAAAAGGAACUGUUGUGAAUAUAGUACCAUCAUUACCGUCCUUUGACCGUGCGAGCGUUCAGUCAACAGACACAAUAAUAACCGGUACUAAUGAUACAUAUACAACAAUAAAAGCAGCCAGUAUCACCAAAUCGACAGACGGAGAUAAUAGAGAUAUCGAUCGGGUACCUCGCGUCAAAUCAGAUGUUAAUCGAACAUCCAUAUUAACGUCCGAAACAGAUAAAUACGCGGAGGAUUACAGAGCACAAACAACACAUGAUAAACCGCGUAUUGACAAUAAAUCGGUGAAACUAGCACAAUCAAUACAUAAUUCAUUCGAAGGGGGCUAUAUCGAACGGCUCCACUCUGAAAAUGAUUUUGAAGUUGGAAGACUGAUUCGUUCCGAGUCGGCUAAAGGACUUUUGUAUAAACGUAGCGCAGAAGAAUUAAAUAACCAACCACAAAUAUCGACAAGUAAUGAUAUUAAUAAUACUUCGAGCAAGCCGCAAAGUCCCAAAAGACAAAUAAAAGUUAAUAAAAGCAUUAAUAAAAAUGCAGUCCAAACUCCUGAUAUACAACAACGACAAUAUCACCAUGUUUUCAAUGAAGAAAGUAUAGACUAUAGUAGUAAUGAAAGAAAAAAUUCAAAAACAAAUCGAAUACCGAAAUCAAGAACAUAUAAACCGCCGAAAGUACCCGUUAUACAAACAAAUAAUCAAUACAAUUUAUCAACACCUCGUUUAAAAGACAAAGAGAGAACAUUGUCGUCAGAGGCUUUUACGUCAUCAACUUUCAUCCGUUCACCAGAAUCGACAAAUACACCAGUAUUAUUAACACCAGUAUUCUCCAGAACACAACUAGAACCAAGUCUUUUAAAAGCAGAUCAAACUUUUCUGGUAGAUUAUGGUUUAUCUUCAAAAGCGACGGCACCGAAAAAACAACGUACUUCUAGAAAACCACGCAAAAAUGGCUUGAGGGAGUGA